GGCGAUGAACGGAGCGUUCAAACUGCAAAAUCCCAAACCACUCAGUUUAACAGGUUCGGCUGUAAUUUAGCCAAGAUAUGGGGGAACAGCCAGUGAGAGUCUUGGCGUGUGGGGAUGUUGAAGGCAGGCUGAACGCUCUGUUCAAUCGAGUCCAGACCAUCCAGAAGAAGGCCGGGCAGUUUGAUCUGCUGUUGUGUGUCGGAGAGUUUUUUGGAACAACAGCAGAGGCCGAGGCAGAGUGGCAGCAGUACAAAACUGGAGCCAAGAAAGUUCCCAUCCACACCUACAUCCUGGGAGCAGCGAGCCAGGAGACAGUGAAGAACUUCCCCAGCACCGAUGGCUGUGAGCUGGCUGAAAACAUCACGUAUCUGGGUCGGCGAGGUGUGUUCACGGGCGCGUCGGGACUACAGAUAGCCUACGUCAGCGGUCGGGAGGCCCAGCAGGAACCGGCCCCGGCUCACUGCUUCACCGCCAAAGAUCUGUCGGCUCUCGUGACUCCGCUGACCAGCAGCUCCAAGUUCAGAGGGGUCGACAUCCUGCUGACGUCACAGUGGCCCCGAGGAGUGUGGCACUACGCAAACAACCCGGAAGUGAACACUAAGUCCUGCGGAAGCAGCUCCAUCGCCAACCUCGCAGAAAAACUGAAACCACGAUACCACUUUGCUGCACUAGAGGGCGCUCACUACGAGAGACUCCCAUACAGAAAUCAUGUUGUUCUCCAGGAGAAUGCUCAGCACGUCAGCCGCUUCAUCGCCCUGGCAACCGUCAACAACCCCACCAAGAAGAAGUAUCUGUACGCCUUCAACAUUAUCCCCAUGAAGACCAUGGAUCCAUCAGAGCUGGUGAAGCAGCCACAGGACGUGACAGAAAACCCCUACAGACGCUCCACGAAAGACAAGACAGACGCACCAAAGACAGGCUUCAGUGCCACAGAGGAGGAGCAGCCGCCCGGUCAGUUCUUCUUCGACCUGAGCAGGAAGCAGGGGGGGGCUCCUCGGGGCAGGAAAAGACAUCCAGAUGGAGAGGGUCGAGGACGAGACCAGCAGUGUGACGGAGACAGGCAUCAUCAGGGACAACCCAAACAGCCCCGCAGGCACCCUCAGCCCACUGGUCCCUGCUGGUUCUGUCUGGCCAGUCCUCAGGUGGAGAAACACCUGGUCAUCAGCAUCGGAACGCAUUGUUACCUGGCUCUGGCUAAAGGUGGACUGACUCCUCACCACGUGCUGAUCCUUCCCAUCGGUCACUACCAGUCUGUGGUGGACAUGAGCUCUGAGGUGGUGGAGGAGAUGGAGAAGUACAAGUCGGCCCUGAGGAGUUUCUACAAGAGCAAAGGAGAACGCUGUGUGCUGUUCGAGAGGAAUUACAGAAGCCAGCACCUGCAGCUACAGGUCGUCCCGGUGCCACUGGACCGCUGCACCACUGAGGACAUCAAAGAGGCGUUCACGGUCCAGGCUCAGGAGCAGCAGAUGGAGCUGAUGGAGAUUCCUCAACACACCGACCUCAAACAGAUUGCUCCUCCAGGGACACCGUACUUCUACGUGGAGUUGGACACGGGGGAGAAACUUUUCUACCGCAUCCAGAAACAUUUUCCCCUGCAGUUUGGAAGGGAGGUUCUGGCCAGCGAGGCGGUGCUGAACAUCCCGACUCGAGCCGACUGGAGGGAGUGUAAACAGAGCAGGGAGGAGGAGGAGGAGACCUGCAGACAGCUGAGAGACGACUUCCAGCCGUACGACUUCGCCUGGGAUGACUAACACACACACACACACACACACACCACAGCCAGCAUCAUUGUUUUGUUUCUACUGUUGUCUUUUUACAAAAUUUCCUCCUUUAAACAUUUUGAGAAAAUACACGUAUUCACACACAGUUAUCCUCAGACUGACCCCAUCCUCACGUCUGUGUGGCGAAUGUGUAGCUUCAGUUAGCAGCUGCUUAGCUUAGCUCAGCAUAAAGACUGGAAACAUGGGGAAACAGCUAGCCUGGCUCUGUCUGCAGGUUUCAGAAUCCACUCACCAGCAUCUCUAAGACUCGUAGGUGGAUUGUUUUCUUUGGACAGAGCCAGGUCAGCGGUUUCCAGUCUUUAUGCUAAGCUAAGCAGCUACUAACUCCAGUAACAUAUUUACUGCACAGGCAUGAACAUGGUCUUGACCUUCUUAUCUAACUCUCAGCAGCAAAGCAAAAAAAAAGAAAUUUGCUAAAAUACGUUAUAAAUAAAUUUGGUUUAGUUGUUUUAUACCAGUGUUUUCUUUUUGAUAAUAUUUGACAGUUGUUGGUGCAGGGAUGGAGAAAACUCAGAGAUUUGCAGUGAAACAUUAGUUUUAUAAGAUCAUGAGAGCCUCAGUUAAAAGUUUCUUACAUUUUUUCAGAUGCUAAUAAUGACAAACGUUUAUUUCUCAGUCUUUUGUUUGUCAGAGUUGAAAUUUACAAAACAAAUAGUUUUGCAGGGAGAUGAACCCGAAACCUCAGAGCUCGGUGAGUAGUUUGUUUUUCUUUUUGUUUCUCAUGCUCCACGUUCGGGUUUGUGUAGGUGCUCGAUAAACUCCUUCACAAUAAAAGUUAAAAUCUACAGAGACUGAGGCUGGAAAACGUUUUUUAGAAAUGCAGCUCUGUAAAAACCUGCUGAACAGCAGCUCAGCAGCCUUUUCUAUCAUUUCUGUUGUUUUUUUUUCUAACUUCACAUCUCUGGGGAAAAAUGUUUUUAAAUCUAUUUCUUGUAUUUUGUAAAUGAACUACAAUUAAACACUUAUUUUAUUUUAU